AAUUCUGGGAGAGAACCGAUUAGAAUCGGAGGGAGUGACCCCACCCACGGGAUCAAACUUCAACCAUUUCCUUCACUACUCUUCCCAAAACUUCCUCUGAUCAGAAAAUUUUACCUAAAAGAAAUAAACCCAGAAGAAAUACAGUCCUUGAACCUCACGAUUCUUCUCCUUCAAUCGUUGUUGAACCCCCCCCUUCUUCUCCUCGAAAUCUCACUCUACAGCUCUUGAAAACCCAAACGUAGACUCCCAAAAUCCCAAUUAAACUCAAAAAAAAAAAAAAAUCCCCCCUUUUCCAAUCUGAUUUUUUUCUAUAUAUACCCAAACAAUUCAAUAAAAUAAAAUAAAAUAACAUAAAAAAAAAUUCUUCUAAGGAUGUCAAUUUGUCCGGUAUUGUUGUUUUUUUUGCAUGUGAGGCAAGGAUGUGGCUGUAGCAAGCAGGAGUGCAGAGGCACGGGAUUGGGGGCAGGGCGCGGUGUGCAGGGGGGUGCUCUGGGGCAAGGCAGGGUCGGGUACAGGGUAGGUGAUUCGGGCGCAGAAAAGGCAAGGGAUCUAGUGCAGAAGGCGUGGGAUUGGGGCCAGGCUUGGUGCAGGGCAAGUGCAGGAAGCAAGGCUGGGUGGCAAGGGCAGGGGAUCUGGUGAUGAGUGCAGAUUUGGGCUUGGGCAGAGGCAGGUGCAGGCGUGCAAGGGGUAGGG